UGAUAAGUCCAAGGGACACUUCAGUGAAGCCGAGCGGCCAGGAUGAAAUGCCCUGCAACCUCUAGACCAAGGGUCGACAAAACAGCCUGUGGCUUAAGUCUGGCCACCUACCUACCUGCCUGACCCUGGCAGUUUCACAAGAGAAUGUUAGCUUAGAAACGAGGUAAAGGAAAUGUUCCAAUUAAAGAGAAAUUCCAUUCCCGUCAUGAGCAGUCUUGUAUUACCCGCCCAAGUGAAAGCACUCAAUUAUGAUUAUCUUAAGUGUCAUAAAAAUUUUUCUGAAAACUUGCUGUUUCCUUUGUUGUGUAAGUCCCAAUGUAAUAACGCAGAUUUGACUCAUUAGCCCAAAUAGCCUCAAAUAUUUACUAGCUGGUCCGUUUCCAAAACAAUUUGCCUGACCAGCCCGUAGACCUAGGCUGUAAAGUUAGGAAACAGUGCUAUAAAAGGACAUUGGCUUAUGUUUCCCUCCAGCUAGCAGUGAUGUGCUUCCUCUUUCUGGAGGGGAGAAAAGAAACUAUCUCUGAGGCCUCCCUCCCUCUGGGAAAACUGUCACCUGGUGACUAAAUCUACAGGUGAGAGGGUCCUGACCAGAAAGCUUCUGAAACCCUAGACCCUGCUGUGCCUGGAAACAGAGACCCAAAGGUGUCAGUUCUCUCCUUGUUGUUUGACAGGCGCUGAGCACCAAUCAGCUGUGGUCACUGCGCAAUAAUCUGUCAGCCAGAAGCCAGGAGGCCUGAAGCUCUCCCACCUGAAAUACUAGGAAGACGUGAUUUUCAAAGCAAAUUAUGAAAGCAUUUGUCAUUGGAAUCGGUGGUGUGACAAACGGUGGAAAGACAACCCUGGCUAAGAAUUUGCAGAAACACCUCCCAAACUGCAGCCUCAUAUCUCAGGAUGACUUCUUUAAGCCAGAGUCUGAGAUAGAGAAAGAUAAAAAUGGAUUUUUGCAGUAUGAUGUGCUUGAAGCGCUUAACAUGGAAAAAAUGAUGGCAGCCAUUUCUUGCUGGAUGGAGAAUCCAAGAUGCUCUCUGGGAUCAACAGCUGGCAGCAGUGCAGAGGAAAUGCACAUUUUAAUCAUCGAAGGUUUCCUUCUGUUUAAUUAUAAGCCCCUUGAUACUAUAUGGAAUAGAAGCUAUUUCCUAACCAUCCCAUAUGAAGAGUGUAAGAGGAGAAGGAGUACGAGGGUCUAUGAGCCCCCAGACCCACCUGGGUAUUUUGACGGGCACGUGUGGCCCAUGUACUUAAAGCACAGACGAGAGAUGGACAACAUCACCUGGGAGGUUGUGUACCUGGAUGGAACCAAAUCAGAAGAGGACCUCUUUUCAGAAGUGUAUGAAGAUCUUACAAAAGAGCUAGCCAACCACAGCCCAAGUACGGCCCUAGCAAAGUGGAUGGUGAAGGAUGGACAGCCAGGAAAAUAAUUCAUCGUAUAUGCCAGAAUGGUACACUGAGGGAUUAUAUUCACUCACUGUUUGCUUUGAGGAUAAUUCAGAGGCAGAAAUUCAGUGCGGCUGUGAAGAUGUGAUUAUUUUGUCAGGUUGUUUUUAGGGGUGAAAAUACUUAUCCUUUGUUAUCUCUCUCUCUCUGUCUCACUCUCUUUCUCUCUCUCUGUUUCAUCUCUUAAUGAUAUUUAUGUUAUGUAGUUUCAAAUUUUGGUAGAUGACUGUCCCAAUGAGACUGAUAUUAUCCUAUUGGCAGAGUGAAAUUGAAAUGCUGAUGAUUUUAAUAUUUCUAGAGCUCCCCUUUUCCUUUAUUCCCUUAAAUGUUUUCCUUAAAGUUCAUAUUUUGCAAAUACCUCAGAAGUAAGUGCAAGAUUUAAAAAGAUUACUUCUACUUCUUUAAAGUUGACAGGUUUUUUUGCAAGAGAUGGGACAUCCUCCUACAUUCAGCCUAAGUAAAAAAGUACAGAGGUGGCAGUGUUUUGGGGCCUGGCUGGAUUAAGGAGCUCAGAUGGUAUCCUCAGUGCUCUGCAUUCUGUUGGAGUUUAUUUUGAAGUAAGGUUCUCUCUGCUGACAGACAGGAUAAUCUCUUCUCAGCAUCCUCAUAGGCCCUGCAGCCCAGUGUGAAAAGAUAGUUUAUCCUUUUUCAGAUUGCCUAUGAGUGAAUAAAUGUUGGAAUUGGCUAUAGAAGACAAGAAGGUUCCUAAGUCAUUCUCACCACUAUUGCAUAUGUAUAAAAUUAUUUUUAAAGAAUUUUCUUGGCUUUUUUGUAGUGUAGGGGUUGAACCCUACCCCUUUUUGCAUGCUAAGCAUAUGCCCUAGCACUGAGCAAUACUCCUAGCCUUAAACAGUUCCUUAAGAAGCAAUUUUCCAUUUGGCUCAGCUGAAAAGGCCCAGAGAAGACUUUGCUUGGUUCUGCUUGGGUUGCAUGACUUGCUAGACCAGUCCCUGUGGCCAGGACGUGGCAUACUCUAAUUGGUCAUCACUGGCUUAUAGUUCCCAUCCUGUAAGUAAAUACCCCACCUAAAACCUGAUUUUUAAAAUUUCCCAAGGGGAAGGCAAGGUAGAUGGAUGGUAGAAACCAAAAGAAGAAAAAUGAAAAAGCAUUUUGGAAGAUCUUGUUACUGAUGUAUUUGAACUACAUGAAUUAAAGGGCUAAACAGCCAAUGAAGUUCUUAGGUGACCGAAGAAAAGACAGUCUGAGUCAUCCCAGAUUGAAGACUAUUACAUGGUUUUGGUGAGAAGCAAUUGCACUAGUCCAGUUAUUAUCAUCUCUCAAAAGAAUUAGGUUUCUUGUAUGGUCAAUAAAUUUCUCCCUAACCUGGGGAACUGGGCCCAGCAGGGCAGCCCAUUGACCCUGAACACUCCUGAUUUAAAAUCAGUCAUUCUAGUAGGCAUUGGAGAAAUAUUGGAACCAUUUUAAAAUUUCUUCUUGCAAGGAGAACCAAUAAUCCAUGGCAGAUAUGCCCAUCCGCCCUUGUCAUUUCUUACUUUGGUGGAAGACUGGUCUCCCAUGAUGAACCUUGGGAUACAAACUGAAAUAGAUACGAAUUGUGUGGCAGUCGAGCAAGGGGCUGAGCCUUCAUAAAUUGCUGCCCCUGAGCCAGAGACCUUGUCUGAGAACUAUCAGCGCCCCAGGAACAGCUUGCUGGCAUGUUUCAGCUGCUAGCCUCCUGUGCUAUGUCCUGGGCAGUGGCCAGUGCUUCGUUCCAGUUCUCCUUUAAUGGCCAAGUCAUACACUGGGAUUUGCUUUAUCCUGUGCCUAUGGAUAAGGAUGAAAGGAGCCCUGGUUAUGUAGCUCAGGUAAUUGCACCCUGUUCCAUUCCAAACCCUGCCUUCACCAUCUAUCUGUUCCAAGGCCCAGAACAGCUGGUGUGUCCUAUGGUGCUUCAAGCCCAUAAGAAAGUACAUUUUCAUGUAUAUGACUUAUCUCUUACUUUGCCUGUAUCCAAGAGGCAGGUAAGAAAAUAUUUAGCGAUGCAGCUUAAGGCUGUCAGGUCUGUGUUCUAGAAUCUAGGUAAAAGGUAAAGACAAGAAAGAAAAAAUGAGACACUAGAAGAGAUGUGACUCUGGAAGCAAAUCAGCUUUUCCUGCGUCUUAAGAUUUAUGGUAGUUUCUCUGUUGCAUAAAUAAGUAACCAUGCUAUUUAUAGUAACCCAGCACCUUUCCUAGGUCUGCCAGCCACAGCAUGCAAGCAGAGCUGGCAGGGAGCGGCCCUCAGUCUAACCUGGUUUGACCCUGACUCUGGGACUGAGGUAGCUGAGGUGACCUUUCCAAGGUUUCAAGUGAUGACUCCAGGUUUUCCCUCCUGGCAUCUCUUAAACCUAUUCCACUGAUUCUUCAUUCUAUGUCUAUAAAAUCAUAAUUAUGAUAAAGUAGUAAUGGUAAAGAGAAGCAAGACAUAUUGAUUUCAUUAUUAAUGAAAUGAGCAAAAGGCUAUGAAGUAACACAUUUAAAUCAGUCCUCAUUUUAAUUUAAAGUUUAAAGUGAAAUUUAAUCACUGUGUAUUCUCAAUAUAACAAAGCAGUCAAGGUACCAGGAACAUUCAAACUCACUUUAAAAAUGUUUAUUUUCAUCUCAUUAUAAAAAAUACUAAUUAUAAAAAUGUAUGUAAAAGCAAAAGGAGAAAAGAGCCAUCUGUAUUCUACUAGCUUCAUUUUAAGCAGUUUAAUGAGUGAGCUUCCAGGGUUUAAGCUGUCACAUUAGUCUCUUGCAAGACAUUGCAGGGACAGUGAUUAAUCAGCCAGGAGUACUUCUGU